ACAAUAACAAACUGAUUAUAAUGCGCCAUUUCGCAGUCAGAGGCGGGCCAACUUCUACUCUUCAAAGGAACCGACGCUAUUUACGAUCAGUUGUCGGUUUCUUCUGAUGUCUGAAGUGAUUGUAGCGGCUUCUUUUGAUGUGGAUAUAACGUUUGAAAAUUAUUACUACAACCAGCUGACAUAAAGGGUUUCGUAGGUGGAGUUGGUUUAGUAAGAAGUAUUCUGCCAUACUGAACACAUCUCAGAGUGAUCAGUGUACCGCGAACCGAGAGCAGUUAUAUUUAUAGAUACGUUAUUAUACAAACUUUAAAAUAAAGAUGUCACCGCCAAGUCGUGCCUCAUCAAUAUGUUCAAGUUUUAUGAUGAAUGGUCAAUGUGAUCAUUCAAAACAUUCACCACUUGCUAUGCUUGCAGCUACAUGUAAAAAAAUUGGACGCCCAACAAGCCCAAUUCUUGAUGGUCAACCACCUAAAAAAAUAUUUCAACCUUGGAAUCAUGAAGCUCCCUUAUCACCAACAUCAAAAGUACGCAAUUUUCUCGAAACGAGUGCAUAUUCUUUGCCUCCAAGUCCUCCUUUAAAACCAGAUUACAGAACAUCACCUGUCGACAUUCGCUUUAUGCCAACAACAACAGCAGCUCCUGUUUCUAAAAUAACUAGAGAACCUUAUAUUUCUGCAACAACAUUUCAACGGAUUUCACCAAAACAGUCCUGUUCUAAAUGUGCUGCUGGACAAUUAUGUAAACCUAUUCCAAAGAUUCCUUCUCCAACACUAUCACCUCCUAUCUCGCCGAACUCUUUACAUUCGUUCUGGACUUUACCCUCACAUCAUCAAAUCAGAACGCCUAUUUCCACUUCAGUGAUGUCUCCAACGCAAAUGUAUCACUCAAGUCUAUCACCUAAAACACCUGUUACUUCAAAUGUUCCAGGUACACAACUCUUUACUUUGGGAACAACGAGUCCAGCUAUUAAUGCUCAACAAGUGAACGCCGGAGUUACCCGAAGAUGUCGUCGUUGUAAAUGCCCAAACUGUAUAUCCGGCCAACAGUCUGAACCGAAUAAACCAAAACAACAUGUGUGUCAUAUUCCUGGUUGUGGAAAAGUUUAUGGUAAAACGAGUCACCUGAAAGCACACCUUAGAUGGCAUGCUGGUUUGCGUCCGUUCGUGUGUAAUUGGUUGUUUUGUAAUAAAUCAUUUACACGCUCGGAUGAACUUCAACGUCACUUACGCACGCAUACUGGCGAAAAAAGAUUCGCAUGUCAGGAAUGUGGAAAACGUUUCACGAGGUCGGAUCAUUUAUCGAAGCAUAUGAAAACACACCAAAACAAAGUAGCUAAAGAAGUUGAGAAAGCUCCUGAGAAAAUUUCUGAACGCGAAACAAACCAAUCUACUGAUAUUAAUAUGGAUGAAACAAAUGUCGAAGUGAACGUUGAAAACUAAAUUGACAUUUUAGAGAUAUAUUAUUUAUUUUACAAAAAGUGUUUUUUUUUUCUUUUUCUAAAAACUACAUUCGUGUUAUGAAAAUGAGUCAAUUUCGUUCUUAGUUUGUUUUUAAGUAGUUUUCAAUUGUUACCUAAUAGCUCUUUAACACAAACCCCUACAACAUAUAAUAUAUGUAGAUCGUAUUAUGUAUAUAUAUUGAGUCUUCCUGUAUUUAUGUAAAUAUUGUGCAUAUUUGAAUGAAUUUAUAAUGUGACAUAUUUUGUUAGCUAACAACUAAACUUAUAAAUACUUAAUAAAAAGAUACAACAAGCAAAUUA